AUGGGGGGAAUUGAUAGUGAUGUCAACGAGCACUUACGGAAACGUGCUAGCCUCAUUGCGACCGAGAAUGCUCUACGUUUUGACUCUGGAGCAAUUACCAAUGCCACGGAGAACGAGAAACGUGCUGUUGAGAUUGUCGAGAAUCUGAGAAUGUGCGGAGCAAAGGAGAUAUGGAACGCGAGUGAAGGUGUACUGAUGCAUCCGGGCAUGGACUUCCUGACUGCAAAGGAGAUCAUCAUGAACACGGGCCUCUACAAGAUUAUGAAGCAGCUCCCAAAAGGAGGUUUAUUACGGGGACAUUUGAAUACAAUGUGCGACGUCAAGUUCAUCUACAACCUCGCUUUAGAAUACCCGGCAAUCCAUAUCCGAGUAAACUCCAAAGUGACUCCCAAUGCACCUCUGCCCAUGCCAGAAUUCAAGCCGCUCCCUCCCAAUCUCAUCAUGCAGUAUGCCGGUACUCCGUUACUGACCUGUGCAAAUUAUGUUCCGGGAACAUGGAUUUCAUUGCAGAAAGCGCGCAAUGGGUUCUUAUAUGGAGGUCCUGAAGGCUUCGACAAGUGGAUUCUUGGCUCAGCAACUCUAGGUGCUGGCGCAGGGACCAAAAACUAUGCCGCGCUCACCAAGGCAAGUAUAAUCUCGUUCCUUGUCUUUUUCCUUUUACUUGAUCCAGCGCAACCAGGUUCACGCAAACCUUCUCAACGGCUACCGCCUAUCUAG